AUGGAGUCUCAUUUACAAGAGGCAAUCCUUGCGCAGCAAGCCAGCACAUCGGGUAUUGCUGUAGAGAAUCAUGUUAUACCAACGCCAAAAGUUUUCGCUGUCGAUAAUGGUCAGUACGAUACGGUCUACCCGGUACAACCAGCACCGUCCAUCAAUCAGCUCAUCAAAGUACAAGCGUCGUUAUCGCUGGGAAAUGAGGAGCCCGAGUAUGAUAUCGACAGCGAAGACGAGGCGUGGUUGGCCGAGCGAGGCGGACAUCUGUUGGCGAGCGAUUUCGAAAAGAUGAUGGAAUUGCUGGAGGGGGCCAGCAGUGGCCUGCAGAUUUGUCAGCCAAGCGAAGCACGUACAUUGCUCAAGGGAUUCGACACUGAUCUCGUUGAUGAUGUUUAUGAUUACUGGUUACAAAAGCGCAAGGAUGCUGCGGCAUCGCGUAAAAAUGCCUCAUUGAUUCCACGGGUAAAGACGGAUGCACGACGUGAUGUGUCCGGCUUAGAUGCUGCUUAUGUGGCAUUUCGGCGACGUCUGGAGCGAAUGCAGACGAGGAAGAAUCGUAAGAAUGAUGAAGAUUCGUAUGAGAAAAUAUUGAAACUUGGUUAUGAUCUUGGCCGAGCCGCAGUCCUCUUCGAUAUGCUCAGGCGGAGGGAGUAUACGAAGCAAGCGGUCAUCGAUUUUGAUAAAAAAAUAUGCAGUGCUCGAUGGCUUUCGUUUGAUUUCGGCUCUUUGAUGUACCAACAAUUGCUGGCCAAAGUGAGAUUCGAGCGAAUGGCAGCGAUGAGCCCUACCGAUGAAUCGGUGGAUGAAAUGCCUGGAAGUAUGUCGCCAUCAAAAGUGAAGACGCAUAAGAGGAAGAGGCAUUCGAGGAGUUCUGUAAGCGAAGCCGAUAAAGAACCCAUUGCUACUCGUGCAUGGCUCAAACGCAAUGCUGAGUUGUGGAAUAAGCCGGCUGUUGCUGCCAAUGUAUUUAAUGCUGGUGCUUCGCCCGUGGCUGCUUCAUCGGCUGACACGGAGCGCAACGCCGAAGCAGCAGUUGAUGGACGUUAUACGUUCAAAAGGCGGCGUGGAUGCGUCUAUAGGGCCAGCUUGCUCAGCACUCCUUCAGAAGCGCCACGAAUAUCUCCUGCGGAGCGCUUCCAUCGAACGUUCAUGCCGACUGCGAAUGGCGUUCGAUGUAUUGGUUACACAAGACGAAGGAUGGGACGAGGUGGAAGAAGCUACCAAUGGAAGUUGGUGGAAAAAACUGAUAAUGCUGGUGAUGAUUCGUCAUCGGAUUUUGAGGAAGAACGUGACGAUAAGGAAGGUGAUGAUGCUGAAGCUGAGUAUAUGCGGAGAGAAGAGUUGUAUGCAAGGCGGAUAUAUGGCUUGUCAUCAUUCGACAGCACGCAGGGUUCAUCUGCUAGGAUGGAUUCGAGGGGUGGUAUUUCGCCGGGGAACUCGGGCGAGCAGAUAGUGGUGCUUGAUGAUGAUGAUGACAGGAACGAGUCUGUGACGGACAGUGCUCAGGGUGCCUCAUCAGUGAACGGUAUCCGUAGUUCAAGCAGCCGUUUAACGGUUCUCAAGUAA